GUCCGAAGUUGCAACGGCUAGUAGGAGAGAGGCAUAUGAAAAAGGAAAGAGCUGAACCGAAGCGUUGAGCAAAUGAAAAUGGUGGAGGUGGGAGAAGACGAAGCGUUCUACGAAACGAUCGAGGCCCCCAAGUUCGUUGACUUCACCUCUCCUCAUCAUUACCGCCCCGACGAUGAUCGUUACUGGUUCUGCCUCCGCGUCGGCUGUGAACAACCCCAUGAAGGGAUGGACUCCGACAAAAUCUACAAGGAUUUCGUUCUCCGGGUGAUGGCAGCCAGAAGUCCCAAUGUAAUGCUUCAAAAGGCACUCAGCAGAAGAAACAUCAAGUGCCCAAUGUCAGUUCCUUCAAAAUUUUCCAAGCCAAAGCUGCUGCAAACAUUACCGGCCAUUUCUAGGAAAUUGGGAUAUGAGGGGAAAGAGGAAGUUAAACCGCCUGCAAAUCCCAUCUCCACCCCAAAGCUCAAAAGAAAGCAAGUUGCAGCCAAAUACCUCACCACCACCCCAAGGACCAAAAAGUGUCUCCCGGACAAUAACCCUUUUCCAAGUCUUCAAAAACCGCAAAGUGCCACAGAUGCAUCCUCACAGAAUCGGAUAGCCAUCAGUUUGAAGAAACCUGUUGACUCGAAUACUCCCCUUACAAAACUGUGUGAAGGGAUGAAGAGGCUUCAGAUAACAUCUCACAAGAAGAAGGGGCCUUUAGCGAACCAUCCCGGUCAAGGAAAGUCAAGUCCAUUAGCUAAUGCAAUAAAUUUUAAAAAUUCCAAAGAGAAUAUUACAGACUCCAUGGCUCAAGAUUCCAAAAAAAUGAAGAUUUUCAAUUCUGUCAAGUGUAAUACAGAGUGCAACUUGAUGGGGAUAGAAGCUGUGGAUUUAUCUGGUGGGAAGCACAUAGAUUCCAAAACAGAUGAUCCUCCAAGCAGUUCAGUUCUGGAAACAAAUGAAAAUUCAGAGAAUGUAAAAGACCUCAACUGUCAAUCUAAAGAUGUCCAACCACUAUCCUACGUGGAAUAUCAUGAAAUAGAUUUCACAAAAGAUGACAACAAAGAAAAUGCUUUAUACUCUGAUGAAAACAGAGAAUUAAAUGAUGAUGAUGAUGACAACAUGCAGAUCAAAAUUGUGGGUGAAAAGGUCGCCCAAACUGGGGAUAAACAAAAUAAAAUUUUCACCACCACUACCGCUGGUGUUCCUCCCUCCGGUCUGAAAUUCAAGAAAUCGAAGCCUACAACCCCCAAGCCUUUCAGGCUACGAACUGAUGAAAGAAGCAUUCUCAAGGAAUCUAACUUUGAGAGGAGAGGUCAGCAUCAAGACAACCUACAUAAUGCAAACUUUCCAAGGAAACAUACAGCAGAUACUCAAGACGGUGUGGGAAAAACACGAAAGAGAGGCCCUGAUGCUGGUGGUAGCAGCAAAGGAAGCGCCAAAGAAUCUGCAGACUCUAAUGGCAAUUUGAUUAAAGGGGCCAGAAGAACAGAAAGAAUCAACACGUCACAGUGCUGCAGUGUAGGAUCAAAGAUAGUCAAUGCGACAACAAAAAUAGCUAGUAGUGCUUCCACAAUAAGGAAGGUUGAAUCCACACCGGAGAAAAAGCAAGUUAUGUCUCAAAGGUCUUCUUGUACAAAACACUCAAUAGUCUCCCACUUGAUUUCUGGUAUAAAACUUGCAACCAUAGAUGAGAUUUCCUCAAAAACGACCAAUACAAGAGGGGUGAAUCAAAAUGCUGGCGCUAUGGCCAUUCAUCAACACAGAACUUCAUCUUUAAGGUCAUUCUCGCAGAGAAGACAAGGAGGAGCACACUUCCAUACCAGCAGCCAUGUCCCAAAGAGUUGCGCCAAAAAGAUAUCAUGAUACAUCCGUUCAAUUUAUCCCAUCUUGUGUAUUGAAAAAAUCAGAGAACCAGAAUUAUGUAAUGUUAAUAUUAAAAAGACUAAUUCACUCUUAAUUCAUUGUCUCGUUCUAUUUAAGAGAGAAUGUUCUUUUGGAUGGAUUCUGGUCCAGAAAAUGGCAAAUUGUACCGGUUGUAUUUUUGUAAUCAUUUGCAAGUUCUAGAAUAAUACUUAGGUUGGUUAUUUCAGUUAGCUUUCUCUUCC